AUGGAGUCUCCCGCAGAGCGCCGCCGCCGCCGCCGUAGGGUCCCGGAUGCAGUCCGGAAGCGGGCACCCCGGGCGUGUGACCGAUGCAAGGCCCGCAAGAAUAAGUGCAUCGAAACUCCUUCCGGGGUAUGUGUGCGAUGUACUGAGGGAUCUCAUCCGUGUCGAUUUGAGAGGGAGCGGAGCCCGGCUGGUGAAGAGAUUGAGGCCUCAGCUUCGACGACGACUUCAAGAAUCACGGGGAUAAGGCCCAUCGGCAUUACAGAGCGAGAGUCGAAUCGGACGGAUAAUGAUGGCUCUUUUACUCUCAACACACCAAUGGGUCAAAGUAUGAACGACCACUUCUCUCCGGCAGAUAGUGCACCCUCAGAAGCCUUCAUGUGGCCGCGCUUUUUGUCUCGUCUCCGGGAUGCCUUUUGCCUCGACUCCCAGCCCCCAUCCGGGGAGCAAGAUAUCGCAAGACUGCAACCUCGAAUCUCAGAUGCUCCUCCAGCAGAUCCUGCCGAACUUCGACGCAUCAAGAGGGCCGUGAAGAGCUUUCCUCCACGCGGCGUUGCUGACUUUCUGGUGUCAGUCUGCAUUGCCUACGGGACCGACAUCUUCUCCUACCUGGAUCAGAGCCACUUCAUGGCGGAGCUUGAUCAACUUUACAAUAACGAGCAAUCGCCUCUAAGAGAAGACACGGGAUUUGUUUGUCUUGUGUUGGCAGUGUUCGCACUGGGGAGUCAGUGGACAGCGCUAGCUAGGCCAGAGGACUUGAGCAACGCAACCUCGACGGAAGACCAGAACUUUGACCCUGGUCGGAUCUUUUACAACCAGGCCCGUAUUCUAAUCUCUGACUUGAUAGAUCGGCCUUGCAUCAAAUCAGUCCAGGCGACGUUCAUACUGGGCGUCUACCUGAUGCCGGCUAGCGCCAUCAGUGCCUCCUAUGUGUACAUGGGAUUAGCACUACGAAAGGCCCUGGCUAUCGGCUUACACCAAGAACCUGACGACCCCUCUCUGAGUGAUGAUGAGAAGGAGACCCGACGGAGGCUUUGGUGGUCGAUUUACUCUCUCGAAAGAACGGUCACCAUUAAGCUCAACCGACCUCGGUCCGUGGACCAGGAGAUCAUCACAGCGUGUCUGCCGAAGCCAACUUCACGAGACGCGUCUCAGAAGUUUGACAACGUACAGCACCAGAUAGCAAAUGCAGCUUUUGUCAGAAUCAUUGACAAGCUUUCUGAACCUGGGGCAUGGUCAAACACCAAUCAUUCGCAUACAGGAGCUUCAAGACGCUCAACGGACGCCCAGAUAUCUCUCAAGGCCUGGAAAAAGAGCCUCCCGCCAUCACUCAAACUACAGAACGUCGACCCAAAGUCAUCCAGCUAUCGUGCCGUCUUCCACUUACACCUAAACUACUACUUCGCCUGGAUCGACAUGGGCAAAGUCUCCGUGGUGACCGUCGUCCGAGCUCGUCUACAAGCAAUCUUCCACGCAAGCGCCGGCCCCUCCGACGUGCCUAGAGACGUCGAGCAAUCCUCAGAGGCAUGUGUCAAAGCAGCCAAAAAGAUGCUCGAGCUCUUUGAGGGUCUUUGCCGCGGCGGCAAUAUGGCGCGAUUCUCAUUCACAGACUUCCAGGGCUGCAGUAUCGCCACCAUCAUUGUGCUACUUGCUGGAAUCCUGGAACGUGAUUCGGGUUACGAGGGCCGGGUAGCUUUUGGGCUGGAUUGCCUCCGCAGGAUGUCCAGCGCAGGGAACACGACGGCAAAGAUGGGAGUUCGUUUUGUUGAGGCCCUGCAGUCCAUUACAAAUGAAGCAAGGUCCAAGCUGGUAAUGGCUCGGAGAAGAGAGAUGAGUCAGGCUCAAGAGUCUUCAUCAGGACAAGCAGAGGGCUACGGGCGAUGGGCAGAAUGGCUGGCCAACGCUGAGGUUGUUGGAAGCCCUUCGGGCGACGAGUCUGAUCUUGAGAUGGAUCAGUCAGGUCAACCAUCGGCUUCUGCUCACGGUCCGUUGACUUCACCAGAUAUUAUGCUCUUUUCACCUUGGGAGGAAGCAGCUGCACUCCAGCUACAAGAGAUGUCGGCUUCUGGAUUCGGCAUGCCAGUAGGGGAAGGAGUAGCAGCUGACGAAAGCACAUUGAUGCCUCUGCCGACGGGCGAAGAGGCCUGGCUGCCAUCAUUUGCGUGGAAUGAUGACCAGAUGUAUCUGAUGGGCUUGACUGGUAUGGACGGCCUAGAUUUCAUGGGAGGGAUUUCGUAG